AUGAUUCUUGAAUCAUCCGAUUCCACAGACUUUGCUUUUCAUGUCGGUGCGAGUUUUGAAAUGAAAAAUAUAUCGAAAAUUGAGAAAGCUAUACAAUUUCAUAUUUUUGAAAUUCAGAAUUCUUAA